UUUUUUUUGGUGCAACAGUAUUUUAUUCGAGGAUGCCCGACUCUACAUGGAAUAGAUGCUGUGUUGUGAUGUUUCUCGUCGCUGCGCUAAGGACGGGGGCAUCUCAGGUAUCAGAGGCGCGCCCAAAAGCGAACUCCAUCAAGCCAGCUCUGUUGGGAGAGACACCUACACCAGCCACAAACCGCUCCGCCGCCGUCUCCAGUGCCAUCACCAAGAAACACAACAUCCUCGCACAGCAGGUGUAUCCGUGCAGUAAUGAUAAGGAAUGCUCUGUGGGCAGCUACUGCCACAGUCCUCAGCACGCCCCCUCCCGCUGCCUCACCUGCCGCAGGAGGAAGAAGCGCUGCCAUCGCGACGCCAUGUGCUGCCCUGGAAACCGCUGCAGCAACUAUAUCUGUGUCCCUAUCUCUGAGAGUGUCCUCUCGCCUCACAUCUCAGCAUUGGACGAGCACAACAAACUCUUCACCAAAGAUCAAAACUGGAAGAAGAGCGGCAAAGCACAUGCAAAGCAUUCUCUCAAAGGGCAUGAGGGCGACCCUUGUCUGCGGUCAUCAGACUGCUCAGAGGGCUACUGUUGCGCCCGCCAUUUCUGGACCAAGAUCUGCAAGCCGGUUCUGAGGCAGGGAGAGGUGUGCACUAAGCAGAGGAAGAAAGGCACUCGUGGCUUGGAAAUCUUCCAGCGCUGCGACUGCGCCAAGGGCCUCUCCUGCAAGGUGUGGAAAGAUGCCACCUCCUCGUCCAAGUCCAGGCUCCACAUGUGCCAGAAGAUCUGAAGCGGAGGCAGCUGCUGUCGGCAUUGAGGCCUCUGUCUCCAUCUGCCAGCGGACUUUUUUUUUUUUUGUAAAGGAUGGGUUGUGGCUGUAUUGAAAAAGAGCAAAAGACAGAGACUAACAAGAGACAGAACAGACUGUGUGGGUUCAAGCCUGCUAUUCAAGAAGCUCAGAGUGAAUGGGAAUGCUUUAAUGUGUCUGCUGUGAGUGUUUCAUUCCUGCACCCACGUCCAGUGCACACCUGCAUCAUCACACUUGCACACACAUGAGCUCAUGGUGUGUCUGCCCACAAAUACAAACAAACCUUUUACACAUUCAGGGAGCUACAGAGUUAGCCUAGCAGUAGAUGCUGUGAUGGGUGGUGUUUCUACUGUAGAUGGAGACAGUCGACAUAUCAGUCUUUCCUCAAGCUCCGACUCACAAUAAUAUGACAGGUAAUUAUAUAUUUAGAAGCCAUAUUUUCUUUCUUUAAUGCCAAGUUGCCUAUUUGUUUAACAGCUCACACGUGUAGCAUGUGUCUCACCAUCUUUGUCAAAUCUCUGCGUCAUGUUGUUUGUUUAAGCCUCGUACAGAAUUCAGUUAUUGCUUCGCAGGACGCACAACCAGUAACAAUGUCCAGACCCCACAAACAGUGGUCACAUGAGGAAAUGGGGAAGCAAUUGAACGCAUCGUUCAACUCCAGAGCUUGACUUGUGUGGAAAAAAAAGAACAUUUACAUUAGUGAUGAGUUUCAUCUGGGGGGGAUUGACUCCUCGCCCAUUUUAUAGCCACACAAGGAGAGAUAAGGUUCUGUGUCCAAAUGGUUGUUUGAUGCUUCAGAUACAGCAGCUUGCACUGAGGUGGUGCUGUGCCGCAGACCUUGUGCUCCUGAUAGCUGACAGGGAAUAGUUCUGCUUUUCCAAUCACAUGAACAGAACUCAAGGGUACAAUGGAAGUGCAAUUCUUUCCACUUACAAAGCCAGUAGGAAUGGACACAUGAGAGGAAUGAUUGAAGUGACGCGUAAAAUGCUCCGUAAACCUGACGUUUUCAAAGAGAAUGAACAGUGUGAAUCAACGUGUUGUUGGUGGCACGCUGCCUUGUAUGUGUCUGUUUAUGUUUUUUUGUUUUUGUUUUUCAAAUAAGACUGCAUACUUUCUGCUUAUGAAAUGCUGUUCAGUUGGAAAACUGGAGGUGAAGCAUCGCAGGUACUACUCCUCUAAACCACCACGAUAUCUUCAUAUUCAGUCUAAUAUCACAUUCGCCUCGUUUUCAUUGACUGGUUUUUGAGCAUCCAAUACACAUAUUUUGUCACCAAUUAAACUCAAUAUUCAAUAAGCUCUUAUAUUGUAAAUAGAUUGGAGACAAUGGAAAUGUAUUUAAGAAUCAGUGUAUAUCAUGUACAUAUAAUAAAAAAAAAAAAUAUGAAUCCUAAACAUGACACAGAAAUGAUCUAGGUGAGAAGAGAAAAGGGGUGAGACAGGUUGGACAGAUUCAAAAUAAUGUAGUAAUACUGUGUAUAUUCCAGAGGGUAAAGGCGUAGAUAGCUUCUUCGACUGACAUCACAAACUAGAUGCAUUGGAAGGAUUGUUCCUGAAAGAAAUAAAAGCACAUUCAUUUCCAAAAUUGUCUGUGUAAAUGGUAUGUAAAUGGUUUCAAGAUUUAUAUCCCACUAAAUAUUGUUAUUGUGAAUACUCGCUAUUGAUUUCUUUUGUGUAUUUACAGUGACGAAUGAAUAAAAGAAUGUAUUUUGUAACAAUGUU